AUGUCGAAAAAAGGUAACUCCACUGCGAUUAUCAAGCAGAGAGAAUCAAAGGAACUACAACGUUUAACGAAAAAUGAUGAUAUGCCAUUAUAUACGUUAGAAUGCUUCAGUUAUGUUGAGUGGAAGUUAAUAAGGUGGUUGGCUUCCUUAAAAAAUGUUGAAAACCUUAUUUAUUUAUUUAUUGUAAUUUGGAAUUCUGUUUCAUUACAAAGCAAUGAACAAAUUUUAUUACACGAAUUCAAUAAAGAAACCAAUAAAAUGGUUGCGGCCGUAAAUGAAUUGACUAAAUUAAAAGCACUCGAUAUUUCGCAAAAACAACUACAACGUUUAACGAAUGAUCAUAAAAUGUAUUUACGACAAACGAUUUUUAAUCGAUUGAAUUCUUUUCGAUCAACUGCGAUACAAAUUCAAAAUGCCUGGAAAAAAGAAGAAAGUAUCUUAAAAGAACAAAUUAAGACCUUGAAAGAAGAAAAUAAGACCUUGAAAGAAGAAAAUUUACAACAACAAGCGGUUCUUGACAAUGUAAUAAAAGUAUCUUGUGAUUAUGAUGAUUCCAAUAAUACAGCAAAGUUAAUUGCUGAUAUUGAAGAAUUACAGGAUAUGCUUUCAGAUUUUACAAUGGUUCAGGGAAGUGAUUUUAAAGUUAAUAUAGAUGUAGCAACAAGCCUAUUAAAGAAAUAUAAUUGUCAAGAGGAAUAUCCAAGUACGGAUGCAGAUUUUAUUUUAGGAGCGGUACUUCAACGUUGCACGAUCGCAACAAUCUUGGAUGAGUUACAAAAACAUUUACAAAAUGCACGUUCUGACAACAUUGAUACUCUUGAAAGUGAUAUUGUAAAUACCACCGAAAGAUUAAUUAAAUAUACCGAAUUAUUAAGAGAUAAGCGUAAAGACAGUGAUGAUAUUUCUAAAUUUACGCCAAUCAAAAUUCGUCAAUAUGUAUAUUCAGCACUUGGCUGUCGCGGAUUUUUGGAUGAUAAUCCUUUAAUUAAAAUAACGGCAAAUAAAUUGUUGAUUAAAAUGAAUAAUUUUAGACAAGUGAUGGGAAAAGAAACUAGCGAUGAAUUAUAUGACCUAGCUUUUUCAAUUACUCGUGAAGUUAUUAAUAUUUUUUGUUUUCGUUUAAAAACACAAGCUUCCGAACUGCAACAUAAAUUUUUCCAAGCUGGUCAAGCCAUAGACGUUCGUCUUAUGCGAGGAAGUUUCGGAAGUGAUGAAGCUAAAAAUUUGGAGGUGGAAAUUUGUGCAUUUCCUUGCAUCGGUGUGUUCGAUGGUGAACAGAAAGUAUUUACGAGGGCUCAAGUUAUUGCAAGAACAAAAAGAAGAAAUAGUGAUGAAUUUAUAUGA